AUGGGCCACAAGGCGAUGUCGGAAAUGAUGAGAAUCUUCAAAGGCGGCAACAAGGAUUCGCGGGACUACUAUUUGGAUACCUAUAUGGCAAAGCCAGUGUACGGGAAGCAGACUUUUCGGGUCAACUUCCUCGACUGCCCUGGAGACAAGGACAGCAGAGGCUCUGGUAUUGACGAGCAGCAUUUCGAAGAGAUAGCUGGAGAACUUGCCCAGCUCGGACAGAUUUCUUCGGUCGUGUUCGUCAUUGGAAAGGGCAUGGCGUAUGAUUCAUCAUUUAAGACAUCUUUCCUCUACUUGUGGGAUUGGCUGAAGGACCAUCGCCGCAACUUCAUUAUGAUCCAUACAAAAUGGUCCAUGCUAAUGCUGGAUGUAGACGAACAGAAAGCCCGCGUGCAUGAGUUCGAACACAUGUUUGGGGAGGAAGCCAAACAGGUGAAGCACAUCUUCAUUGACUCAAAGUGGGAAGAUGAGGUCGAAGGGAACCGCGACGGCAUGGCCCAUCACCAGCAGAAAAAGGCUCUGGCGAUCCAGAGUGUUGAUGCACUGGUAGCUAACAUUUUGAUGAUGCCCCGCCUGGAUUGUAGCAGCUUGCAGUUCAACAAGACUCCUGCAAUGCUU